AUGUGGCGGCCGUGGCGCAAAUCGUCGGUUAAGAUUCACGACACGUACUCUCCCACCGCCUCCUUCAAAGACAUCCACCAUCUCUGCUCCGACGAUUCCUCUUCCUUACUUUCUUCUCCUUCUCCUUCUCCUUCCCCCUCUCCUAAAAACGUUUCUAGAGUUUUCCACCGAGUCUACGCAGCGAAUCUACUCUUCCGAUCCUGGCCAACUCGUCCAUCGAAUCAGCUCCUCCGCGCAGAGUCCGAGCCUGCUUAUCCACGGCGGAAUCCGGAGUCAGAUUCGCGGCAGUCCAAGGCCGAGCCAGAUGUACGGAUUUCGCUCCCUGGCGCGGAGAGCAGCAUCGUCGUCUACUUCACCAGCCUCCGCGUGGUCCGUCCCACGUUCGAGGACUGCCGAGCCGUCACAACGAUCCUCCGUAGCUUCCCCGUGCGAAUCGACGAACGAGAUCUCUCCAUGGACGCGUCAUUCGCGGCCGAGCUGCAGCGGAUCUUCGGCGGCCAGAAGGACCAGGACCAGAAGAAGACACAGAAGGUGCCGCGAGUCUUCAUCGGUGGCCGGUACGUCGGAGGAGCGGAGGAGGUGAAGCAGCUUCACGAGAUCGGAGAGCUGAAGAAGCUCGUACAGGAGUUGCCGAGGAUCGAACCAGGCGUAUGUGAGAUGUGCGGCGGUCACAGGUUCGUGCCGUGCAACGAAUGUCACGGUAGCCAUAAGGUGCACACGGAGAAGUUAGGUUUCAGAACAUGCUCGGUCUGCAACGAGAACGGUCUCGUCAGGUGUUCAUCUUGUUCCUUUCCGCAUCUCUCGCCUAAUUCCUAG